AUGGAGGUAAUUGCCAACCAGCCCGUCGUCAUCGACAAUGGAAGUGGUGGGAUCAAGGCCGGGUUCGCCGGCGAGAGCGCGCCAAAAGUUGCCUUCGCCAACUAUGUGGGUCGGCCCAAGUACAAGCGCGUAAUGGCCGGAGCGCUGGAGGGCGAUAUUUUUAUAGGCCCGAAAGCAAAAGACAACCGUGGUCUACUUUCGCUACGCUACCCAAUGGAGCACGGCAUCGUGACGGAUUGGAAUGACAUGGAGAAAGUGUGGCAAUACAUCUACAGCAAGGAACAGUUGAACGUUUUCCCCGAGGAGCAUCCGGUCCUUCUAACCGAAGCCCCGCUCAAUCCCAGCAAACACCGCGAGAAGGCCGCGGAAAUCUUCUUCGAAACGUUCAACGCCCCCGCGCUACACAUCCAAAUGCAAGCCGUGUUGGCGCUUUACGCCUCGGGAAGAACGACGGGAGUGAUUGUCGAUUCGGGCGACGGCGUCACGCACAUUGUCCCAAUUUACGAGGGAUUUGCCGUGCAUCACGGGAUCGAGCGUAUGGACGUGGCGGGUCGAGAUGUCACCCGAUUCUUGAGAAUGCUUUUGCAAAAAGAAGGCCACAACCUGCACACGAGCCCCGAGUUCGAGAUUGUGCGCGAGAUCAAGGAAAAGGUCUGCUAUGUCGCCGCCAACUCCAGCAAGGAAGAGCAGAAUGAAGGGGAUAAGGAGGUGAAAUGUCAACUACCCGACGGGUCGUGGAUGGAUAUGCGGGCGUCUCGAUUCAGGGCACCUGAGGUCCUUUUCCGGCCCGACAUCAUCGGCGAGGAAUGGCCCGGCGUUGCCGUUUGUAUCGACAACGCAAUUCGGAAAUGUGACAUGGACCUGCGCAAGACCCUCUACGCCAACAUUGUGCUCAGCGGCGGCUCGACGAUGUUUCAAGGGUUCGGCACGCGAUUGUUGGCAGAUAUGCAAAAGUUGGCGCCGACCGACACGAAGGUGAAGAUUUCGGCGCCACAAGAGCGCAUUCAUUCGACAUGGAUUGGCGGAUCGAUUUUGGCUUCACUGGACACCUUCAGGCGAAUGUGGGUGAGCAAGAGCGAAUACGAGGAUGAGGGCAAGAAGAUCAUCCACAAGAAGUUCUUC